AUGGGAAUCAAGGUCCAGCGGCCACGUUGCUUUUUUGACAUAGCCAUCAACAAUGUACCUGCUGGAAGAGUGGUCUUUGAAUUGUUUUCAGAUGUGUGUCCAAAGACAUGUGAGAAUUUUCGCUGCCUUUGCACAGGUGAAAAGGGUACUGGAAAAUCAACCCAGAAGCCAUUGCAUUACAAAAGUUGUCUGUUUCACCGAGUUGUGAAAGAUUUUAUGAUCCAAGGAGGUGACUUCAGUGAAGGAAAUGGGAGAGGAGGAGAAUCCAUUUAUGGUGGCUUUUUUGAAGAUGAAAGCUUUGCUGUAAAGCACAACAAAGAAUUUCUUCUGUCAAUGGCCAACAGAGGGAAAGAUACAAACGGUUCACAGUUCUUUAUAACAACCAAGCCUACACCUCACUUAGAUGGACUUCAUGUUGUUUUUGGACAAGUCAUCUCAGGACAGGAAGUUGUGAGAGAGAUAGAAAACCAGAAAACAGAUGCAUCUAGUAAACCAUAUGCUGAAGUACGAAUACUAAGUUGUGGAGAGCUUAUUCCAAAAUCCAAAGCCAAGAAAGAAGAGAAGAAAAGACACAAGUCCUCCUCCUCCUCUAGCGAUUCAGAAAGUUCAAGUGAUUCAAAAUCUUCCUCUGAUUCAUCAUCUGAUUCUGAAAGUGCUUCUGAAGAGAAACCUAAGAAAAGAAAAAAGAAACACAAGAAAAAUUCUAAAAAACAGAAGAAGGAAAAGGAAAAGAAAAAGAGAAAGAAAAGUAAGAAAAGCUCAUCCAGUGAAAGUGAAAAUGAAAACCCUGAAGCACAGCCAUUGUCUACAGUCCGUCCCGAGGAGAUCCCUCCUGUACCAGAAAACAGGUUCCUUAUGAGAAAAAGUCCUCCUAAAAUAGAUGAAAAAGAAAAAGAGGGGAAAAGCAGAGAGAAGGAAAGAGACAGUAAUCCAUCAAAUUCCCAGUCAUACCAGAGAAGGCUUUUAGUGACCAGAUCUGGAAGGAAAAUAAAAGGAAGAGGACCGAGGCGCUAUCGGACACCUUCCAGAUCCAGGUCAAGAGAUCGCUUCAGGCGCAGUGAGACUCCUCCACAUUGGAGGCAGGAAAUGCAAAGAGCUCAAAGAAUGAGAGUUUCCAGUGGAGAAAGAUGGAUAAAGGGAGACAAGAGCGAAGUCAAUGAAAAUAAGAAGGAUACUCAGAAAAGCCCUGGGAGAGGAAAGGAAAGAAAAAUAUCAGACCACAGACAAGUCUCUGAGAGUCCAAACAGAAGAGGGGAAAAGGAGAGGAAGACAAAAGACCACAAAUCCAGCAGUAAAGACAGGGAGACAAGGAGGAAUUCCGAAAAAGACGAUAAACAUAACAAAAGCAAGGCCAAGAAAAGGGCUAAAUCUAAAAGCCGGAGCAAAAGCAAAGAGAAAUCAAAGAGCAGAGAAAGGGACUCUAAGCACAAUAGACAUGAAGACAAGAGAGUAAGAUCGAGAAGCAAAGAGAGGGAUCAUGAGAGAGGUAAAGACAAGCACCAUAAUUCUAGAGGGAGAGAUAAAGAAAGGAGCAGAAGUAAAGAGAGGUAUAAACGUGCAGGAUCAAAAAGUAAUGAACAAGAUCACAGUAAAAGCAAAGAUAGGGAGAAACAUGCAAAGUCAAGGAGCAAAGAACGGGAGCAGACUAAAGGAAAGCAUAGUUCCAAUAGUAAAGCAAGAGAACGAAGCAGAAGCAGAGACAAGGGGAAAAGAGCCAGAUCUAGAAGUAGAGACAGAGACCGGAGUAGAAGUAAAGAGCAUUCAAAAAAUGAAGAUAAAGAAGCAAAAAGAAAAGGAAGAUCAAGAAGUAGAGAGAGAAAAGGCACACCAGAAAAAUCUAAAAGUAAAGAGAGUAAGAGGAGGAGAGACUCAAGGAGCUAUGAAAGAGAAGAAAGUCAAAGCAGGAACAAAGAGAAGUAUCUGAACAGAGACAGUAGAAGUUCACAUAAGAAAAAUGAUUCUGAAAGCCAAAGGAAGAAACGUUCAAAAAGCCGUGAAAGUAGUAGCCCUGAGACCAAAAGGGCAAGUAGAGAUCAGGAUAAAAGUCCAGACUCAAAGAGAAGACAAAGCAGUAAGGAUAGAGAAUUUAAAAAAUCAUCUACACAUAGGAGUAGGGAAAAAGAGAAGAGUAGAUCCACACCAGAAAAAGAAAUAAACCAAAAAUCAAAGAGUCAGGAAAGAGACCAUGCCCAUCGUAAAGAUAAAAAGUCUGAUCAUGAAUCAAGUCCUGGAACAGAUGAAGACAGACGUGGAUGAGCUAUAGACUUCUUGUUUCCGUUCUGUCUCAAAGUUUGAGGCAUUUUGCGGAACACCUUUUUUAAAAAAAAAAAAUGUGGACUUCAGUUUGGUCUUUUGAUAAUCUAAAACCUGGAUCAUUUGUACUGCUAAAGUUUUAAUAAACUUGAAAUGAGAAACAUUUUUGCGUAAUACAGUGUGCUGUGUUUUGACUAUUUCAUUGCUUGUGUAUCCAUUUUGUGUGUUGACAACCAAGGGAAAACCUUCUGUGUUGCAUAUACAUUUUUAAUUUGUAAACUUGGUAAGCCCAUUAAAAACAUAUUGUCUGUAAAGAGGCUUUUUUUUGGGGGGGGGGGCAGGAAGACGCUUCAGAAAUACUAAAUGUUUUUUGAAGCUAGUAGAACUUUGCAAAGCUGUAUCUGUCACUACAGUAUAAUUAUAUUUCUAAUAUAGUAGUUAGCCCAAGGAAAUGGAUGUGUGUGGCACAGAGAGAUUUUGUAACCACAAAGUGAAAUAGUUUAAUUGCGCCUCCACUCUGCCUGAAUUGCUGUCAUGUACUGUUGAUCAGUAUAACAGUAGAAUUUAUUUGUUCUGUGGGGCAACUAGCUGCACUUGGGAGUCAUCUCUUUGCUAUGAAAAUUAUAUUUCUCCCAUUUUUUUACAAAAAUUCUGGUCAUUCAGUGUGAUUUUUUUGUAAUCUUUCUUUUUGUGUUUCCUGCUUCCAUAUAGCAAUUUGUCGUUGAGUGCUACCUAUGUUAACUUGCCUACUGUGGAAAACCCAACUUUAGAUGCAGCAGCUAAUUUUUUCAGAAAGAUCAUGUGCUUAUCCAGUUUAAUUGCUGGUUAAUGGAUGCACAGAUAUUGAGUGAUUUCUUCAGAAUUCAAGUGUCUGUAUUUUGCACUUGGGAACUCCUGGUUCCUAACUAUGUUUAGUAACCAUUGCUUCUCAUCAAAAAUUGAAUAGAAGAGCAGAGCGUGUUUUAGGGACUGACAAUAGUUUUAGCAUAGUGAGGAGAAAUGAGUCAUAUUGCUUUCUGUAACCUAAAAGCAUAACCCACUCAGCAUGAAUAGGUGGAGGGGUUAGCAAAUCACUGGAUUCCGAAAGAAGUGCCACCACACUACAAUAAUGCUACUGUUGUGUCAUGAGAAAAGUAUAACUUACUAUUUUAGUAUGAGUUUUAGUCAAAUCUUGAUAUUGAGUUGACCUUUACAUUUAAGCCUGAUAGCACUGCCAUUGUUACCGGUCUGUUGGGCAUGUCUAUCAUAUAGCAAACUCCUUCCUUCUCCCCCCAUUCUGAACAUAUGCAUUGUUAAAAUUUGCCUGAAUUCAGUUUAGUGAUGUCCAGAAUAUUAAGGAAGAGACAAAUAGUAAGUAAUAGUUACUUGUUAUUAAGGGGAAGAGAAGAAGAUGGGGAAUGCUGGAUGUUGGUGAAGAGUGUGGAUUGGACCGUGAGUGAAUAAAACUGAAAUGGCACAGUUAACUUUUUUUAUUCAAAAAGUAGCUGGAGCUGCUGUGUACUUCCAGGAAAUAUUUUUCAUAAUGUUUUUAAUACACAUUUUGCAUGUGCUGAUGUUAAUGGAGAGAAAAUAAGAAUUCCACACAAGACUGUAAAGGGUGUGAAAAAACCUACCCUUAGCAAGGGUUGUGAUGAUAAUGAAAGCUCUUUAAAAAAUUCUUUGUCGUUGUAUUGGAUGUGAUGCAACUAUGAACUAAGUACCAUAUUACUAAAGUUAAAAAGCUGAAUCUGAUCCAGUCACAUUACUUUAGGUUUGACACUAAACAAAAGAAAAGAAAUUAAAGUUAAGAGCACUAUCAGUUUAUUUUGGGCUUAUCCCUCUUUAGCAUAUUUAUAAUUGAGUAGCAAUAAAAUAUGCUCCUGAGUCUCCCUAAUUUAAAAAGCCCAGUUUAUUGCAGCAUUGUUCAUUAGUUUUGGGGCCUCUGUU